AUGGGAAAGAUAUCGAAGACCAUGCAAGCUAAGCACAAGGAGACUAUGUCUCCUUGGUUGCAGGAGUUCGUUAAUAAUGCGACCUCCACACCCUUACCUCUCCUACCCAGCGUCCUUGCGACAUUUCCUUCACGAUGGCCUUUCCCGAGAGGUGAUUUAUAUCACUGGAUCCCGUUACUGAAUCGCUUCGACGAGCUCCUGGAAUCGUUCUGUUCCAUUUACAAGUUGAACGAGGGCCCCCAGAGUAGAGACUUUGGUUGCGAAGUUCUAUUGGCAUCUAGCUCAGUCGACGGCGAGGAACAGUGGAGCGACCCAGAAAAGUUAACGGAGUUGGGGUAUGGCAAGGAUGGCGAUGUCGACCUUAUCGUGGCUAUCCUAAAGUUCACUCAGAUGCUCCUGGAUCACUGUGGAAACCGCAGCAUCUACGGCAGCAGUCCUCACUUGAACGACCUUCUAAACAGUACUGACUUCGCCAUCAUCUGUGCCACUCUGCGUGUCGGCGUGGAACUGGCCCAGCGCUAUCAGGCGUCAGUGAAACGCAUCCAUGGGAUUUCAGCCAGACAAGUACACCCAUCUCUCCUCUCAAACCAUUACAACAUAGAUCUCGACCGUGUGCUACAACUUGCACAACCCUUUGUCAAGACGCCCCUCUCUAAAUCCCUAGAGCCUUCGCUCCUCUCCACUCCGGGUUCCAGCAAGAAUAAGGAUAAGACUCACGGCGGAAGCCCUAAAAAUGUAGCUACUAUGUAUGCAAACGACCUGUGCGCUCUUGCGAAGGCGGAUUCUACCGAAUCCUCGGGUUCUCAAGCACGUUGGAGUGGCUGGGGCGACGUUAAGCUCACGUACUAUCCUACUUCCGACGUUUCUCAGGCGCCGACGCAACCGUCCUUACCUGAUCGAGCUACAACCUCGAAUGUGCCUUCAACGCCGACGCCUCUGAGGCGAAGUAGCACAACUGGUGCAACGCAGUCUACACCCCGUACAAGUCGUCAGGGAGCAUCGGAGGACAGCCCAUCCUCCGCCUCUCGGCCCCCAGCCGUAGGUCGGGAUGAGAAUUCUCCGCCUGGACAGAAGUCUUUGGAGAUAUCUCAUGCCUCGGUGUGCUCGACAUCGAUCUAUCAACUUCUCGCUAGGGCUCCAGCAGACCUUCCGAAAGAGACCAAGUACGAAUUUUUGAACCGUCUCAGGGUUGCCAAGGCUCUCACGGGGUCUGUCGAAUCUCGACGACAGGCACUGAAAGCGCGUUUGUUGGCUAUCCAAAACCUGGCGUAUAUUCACAUAGAGCCCACCUUCAUCGAGAAAGUCCUUAGGCAGGAUAACGAUGAGCCGCGACGGUUUCAGCUUGUGUACCAGCUCGCGGAACUGAUUCACCCCGCCGCCGAUGGCGCUACGGUAGUACCUAUCGAUUUACAGUCGAUCGCGUUAUCACUCCUGGAAGCCAUUUCCGGUUUCCAUAACAAGCUGCCUGAUAUAUUUUCCGCAUUGAACGCGACUGUGAACCACGGCGUAUUGCUGUAUGUUAUUAGGAAGGCCGUCGACGAGAUGAAGAAUGACGAUUCUGGAGAGCGGUAUAGUGAGGAAGACGAAUGGCGUGACAACCUGUUCUCUCUUACACUUCAUAUCACAAUGGCCAUGGCUAACAAUACUAACCGUAACACGCCCGAGAUUAUCUCGGCUGGAUUGCUGGACAUUAUGGUCGAAGUCCUCAACAUUAGGUCUAAUAUAGCAGAACGCACAUACGGCACUUUGGUAGGAUUCUUAGACAGUCUGGUGUACAACGUCCAGACUUCAUUCCAGACCUUGAUACAUGCCGGUGGCCUUGAUGCUAUCACCAACCUAGUUACUCAUGAAGUUGAACUCGCAGGGAAGCUCAUCACGGAGGGCAAGGGAACACCCGCUACCCAUCGUUCUCAGGUUGUUGAUUACGAGAUACCUUUCUAUCAGCAACAGAACCUAAAAUUUAUCCUGAAGUUCAUCCACCAUGUGAUGUCCAAUGCCUUUUCAUUCGGUGGAAACACUGAUCGACUACUGAGGAACCUCGUCGAUAAAUCUGCACUACUUCGCAGUAUGCGCGAGAUCAUUGAGAACAUGACGAAGUUCGGGUCUAUAGUGUGGACUAAUGCCGUCAUUAUUUUGAGCGACUUCCUUAACAACGAUCCUACGAGCUUCGCCGCUAUCUCUGAAGCGGGCUUGAUCCAGAGCUAUCUACAAGCUCUGACAGGUCGUCCAGUGCAGGCAGAACAAACCGGUGGGACAGACUCGGGCCCAUCUGAAACUCGGGAUGAGAGCCCCGGAUCGCCUUCGGAUGGCUCGACGCCUGAUCUCCUUGAACCCGACAAUCGUCCGCACCCUCCGUCGUUGGAUCAGUUAGAAGCCCCUCGGGAUGGUUUAGCCCGUGGUAUUUUACCAAACUCCGAACCCAUCACGAACGUGCCAGGUGUUUUGAAUGCCAUUUCUUUAAAUAAUGUUGGCAUGAAGAUGGUUGUCGCGUCUCGCGCAUUCGACAGCUACUUCGAGAUAUUUGAGAGCCCCGAGCACGUCCGAGUGAUGGCGGCCGAUGAGAGCGUGGCCUCUAAUGUUGGUAGUGGGUUCGAUGAGCUUGCCCGUCAUCACCCUUCACUUAGACCAGCUAUAGCAAAUGCCGUUUUAGAUAUGGUUGCUCGAGUCGCCCAUCUCGCCAAGGUCAAGGCUAGGGAUUCUCAAUGGGGAGCCAAGCUUCUCGUGAAAGAUUCGAAAGGCCGAGAAGUAAUUGCAAAUGAAGGUCUAUUGCGCGAAUCUGAAGAGGCCGUAUUGGAUAAAGGCAAAGACAAGGCUGUUACUACUGGGGAUGACGCUGAUGUUGAAAUGGCUGAUGCAAUCGCGCAGCAAGCGGAAAAUGAAGAACCAACAUCAUUCAGUUCCACGGUUGAUACAUCUAUCACGCCUUAUAUCUAUGCAAUUUCCAACUUCUUGUCCCAAUAUAUUAGUAACACGAACCUCAAGAUGAAUCUGAUCAACAAUGGUGGGAUAGAGUUGCUUCUUGAUCUUAGUACUUCACCGAGUCUCCCGCAUGACUUUGGGGAUUCUCUAGCAUCUCGAAAUUUACAGUCGGUUGUAUCCCAGCUGAUCGAGGCAACUCCGAUUGUCGGGUUACCUUCUCUAUUAAAAAGGAUUCAGGCCGAGGUCGAUGUGCUUCAGCCGAUUACCCAAGCUCAAGAGCCAGGCUCGUACUUCUUGCCGUUCCUUCAAGCAGACACGAACCUAGCGGAUCAGGCUAGCAACGACGUUGCAGAUAAGCUUUCUCGUGGCACUCAACUAGCGAAGGCACUCUUAAAUACCCAGUCUCUCAUAAAGACGCUCUAUCAGUGUUUCCCCUUUUCCUCGCGAUCGCAGACAGUCACACUCCAACCGGUUGUUGUUUUCGACUACUAUGGCCGCCUGAUCAAGUCUCUUGGCCCCUUACUGCGCGCGGUAAUUUUAGAAGAGGAGGCUAUUUCUAGCAGCGUUCCUGAGCAUUGGUCGACCAGAAAGACAGGCCAUUCUGUGGACCGACAAGGUCAAUCUAAUAGCGGCACUGCGUCGAGUAGUGGGAAUGUUAUCACCGCCGAGCCCGAUGACUCGAGCUUACCAGACGUAUUAUCAUCUAGCGCUCUGUGGAAGCUCUCGACAACCAAGACCACCAGCUCCAACGAUGGCCCCUCCAAGAGUGAACAGUCAAGUCCGCGCUAUCAGAAUUACAGAACUCUCCGUCUUUUGUUGCAUUCAUUGAUGCCUGCUACGUUCCCGCUUUUCCAGACCCUAGGGAAGGCUCUGUUACCUCGUCGUGAACGAGAUCUAUACUUACGAGUCCACCACAUGCAACUAGCAGAGCAGUUGGCACAGGCAAUAUUGGAGCAAUUUGAAUUGCCGGAUCGUGAAAAGACUUACAAGGACUUCCACUAUUGGAUCAUCAUGUUGCAUGCCGUUCAUGAAAUGCUGGUAAACCGUACGAUAGAAUCUCGUUCGGAGCGGCAAUCUGCAAACCAGAUAAUCGCGCCCGUCCUGAUCGCAUUCAAGAAAUAUGGCGGGCUGGAACUCCUGAACUCAAUGCUGCGUACAUUCAAGAAUGAGAUCUGCAAAGAGGACAAAGAUGGGGAGGACUCUUCCAUGUCGCGACUUGCUGUUAUCGGCAUGAAGAAGAUCUUAGAUCUGUACAUCAUGGCAGUUAAUGGCAAGGUCAUCACAGAUUCUGUGAGCCAGAUUAAUGUCCUUCCAAGGGGCGUUGGGAGCAGCGAUAGACGAGCUGAUUCUCUAGUUGCCCCGAACUUGGUGGUUGAGUUGCGGAUGGCCAUACUGCCGGUAAUGAGAGAACUCUGGGAGUCGCCGUUGGUUGAGAAAGGCUCAGCCCCCAUCCUUGCGAAGAUUAUCUUGAUCCUGAAGUCCAUUUCCCUCGCCGACUCUGAAAGCAAUGCGUAUAAGCGUUCGGACAAGAACACCCCUCAAGCAUAUCUCCAGGCGAAGUCGCUCCGAUUUUCUUGGCCAACUGUCGCCGAUCAUGUAAGAGAAGUCAUUAGUGACACGGCCUGUUCAGAAGAACUUGCUCAAGAGGCCAUUUAUCGGGCCAAUGGUAGCCGGCAGUUAGCCGUCGAGUACUGCAGAGUACACGAGUCAGGCGUUGCUGGCACCCGGAAUCCCAUACCUGAGCGGGAUUUGCCGGAGAACGCAGUACCCAAUGAGCUCGCUGCCUUCGUACAGGCGAGUGAGCAGGCUUCUAACGAGGAUGACCCAAUGGUUUUAGACCAAACUCCCGAAAUACCGUCCGGAAUUUUACUUGACGAGGACAUCUUGGGCGAUUUAGGGCAGGUCGUGACUCUGUCAAACAACAAUGGCCGAGAUACACCCGUCCCUCCUCUGAUUCCGCGGGAUGAUGAUGGAGCAGCGUCGUCAUCAACCACCCCUGCACAGGGCCCUUCAGCGGAGGCGAACACUGAGGCAGACCUUGCGAAGAGAGGUGUCGUUGCUAAGGAGGAUCUGGAUGAAGAACGUGCCAAAUUACGCGAGAAUCUUAUUGAUAGAUGCCUAGACGUCAUAAGAGCGCACCCCGACUCAACAUACGAGGUUUCCGAGUUGAUCUCCUCCAUCAUUCUACGAACCCCCGGCGAUGAUCUGUCUUCGAGGCAAGAAAUAGGGGAGACCUUGAUCAAUGCUCUUAUGUCGUUCGCAGGGGACGAUGAUCUGAAGGAUAACGGGCGAAGCAUUGCGGCUUAUGCUCACCUUCUUUCUCUUCUCCUCCAGGACAAGAGUUUCUUCCGAGCGACCGUUGACACACUGAAGGGUAAUGUGGGCGAGUUCUUGCGGUUCCUUGAAGUCCCAACUUCUCCAUCUACUGAUGAACUUUCCCCUUGGAUACCUUAUGUCCUCCUUAUUUUUGAGAUUCUCCUCAGUGACGAUGAGCAGCCUGGAGAAAUAAAAUGGAAGAUUCAAGCAUCUGAGACCGAACCGAUUGAACCACUACAAUGGACUCCCAAGGAUCUCAACGUGAAAGAAGAUAAACGCCAGAAGCUCCUGAGCUCAGUACUAGAGAUAUUACCUCGGAUUGGCAAGGAAGAGUCGUUGGCUGUAUCGGUCCUACGAAUCUUGGUCAUUUUAACUCGUGAUCGUUCUAUAGCACGACUAAUUGGCGACAAGAAGAAUCUGCAGCGGUUAUUUGUCACCGCUAAGCAACUCUCUGGCGUUGGAUCGGCGCGUCUUAACGAAACUCGAAUCGCGUCUUAUAUUUUGACAAUUCUCCGGCAUAUCGUUGAAGACGAGGAAGUUAUCAAACAAAUAAUGAGAAGUGAAAUCAGAGCUUACUUUGUCGCCGGUCGAAAUACACGACCCAUGGAUGCGGCUGGUUUUAUCAGGAGUUUUUCCCAGCUGGCGCUUCGUGAUCCGAGGUUAUUUAUCCAGGUCGCAGAUGAGACGGUCAAGUUGAGCCGAUGGUCUCCCUCAGAGAACGGCCACGGGCGUGGGCAGUCGAUAGUUCUCAAGGAAACAAAAUCGGAUACCCCGAAAGAUGAUGUGGCACCUACUGUCCGAGCUACCGAGGAUUUGACUAUCCAAGAUGUGAAACCGUCCACCGAGGGUGAAGAUAAGCAGAUGGUAGACGCUUCUAAGCCUCACCAACCGGAUACUAAACGUCCUGUGCUCGAGAACCCCGAUGGCGUUGUCCAUUUCUUACUAUGUGAAUUACUAAACUACAAGGAAGUAGACGACAAGGAGCCUGUGCAGCCUCCUAAGGAUGCCAAGAAGCCAGGUGAUCAAGCAUCAUCUGCUUCCCUUUCUGGUGGGAUCUCCAGUGGAAUUACUGAAGCCGAAGGUCGCACGGCCGAUAGUAAAGAGAAGAAAGCCAAGCCUACAUUUAAGGCUGAAGAACAUCCUAUCUUCAUCUAUCGCUGCUUCCUCUUACAUUGUCUGGCAGAGCUACUUCAGAGCUAUAACCGCACGAAGGUUGAGUUUAUCAACUUCAAGAGAAGCCAGCCGCUUUUCGCGAAUACUCCUGUCAAACCUCGAUCUAGUGUUUUGAAUUAUCUUCUCAAUGAUCUGCUCUACUCGAGCCACAUGGACAGCACUGCGGAUGCGAUUUUGUAUAAGAAGAGAUACGCCACAUCCGUACAGACACUGAACCUCCUAGUCGCCCUCGUAAGCAAGACAGGAGAGAAGCCUGUUGAGCAGGGCCGAGACAAAUAUGAUUAUGACGACGAGCCGGAUCUGCUGUUUGUGCGAAAGUUCGUACUGGAUACGGUGCUCAGAUCCUACAAGGAUGCUGCCACAUCUAAUGAACCAUUUGAUAGUCGAUAUGCAAAAAUGCUAGCUUUAGCAGAAGUUAUGCAUCUGAUGAUGGGCGACAAGGACAAGGAUACCCCCGCGUCAUCUCGAAAUGUUCAUGAUCCUGUUGAAAGAUCGCAGGCUCAAAUUCGACGUCUUAUGUAUGAAAAGGGCUACCUUACCGCGCUCACAUCCUCUAUUGCCGACAUCGAUCUCGCCUUUCCACCCGUGAAGCGAACUAUUAAGUAUCUUCUUCGCGUGUUGCGAAUCUUGACCAGCACCGCUAUUCAUCUAAGUCACUCUAACAUCAUCCCUACCGUACCGACCCAGGAGAAUGUCGACGAGGAGACCUUCUCGGCCAGCUCUCUCUCAGAUAUCGAUGAUGAUCGAGAAGAGACUCCGGAUCUCUAUCGAAACUCAGCUCUUGGUAUGCUAGAACCUGGCAGAGAUCGAGACGAGGACUAUUCAGAAGAUUCGGAAGAUGAUGACGAUGAAGAGAUGUACGACGACGAGUACGACGACGACAUGGGGUAUGAAUCUGAAGAUCGCGAAGAGGACGUUAGCGAAAGAGACGACGAGGAACUCGAAGGCAUGGGUCCUAUCGAGGGGCUAUCAGGAGACCAUGGCGUCAUUGAAGUCACAAUGGACGAUGACGACGACGAAGAUGAUGACAUGGAUGAAGAUGAUGAAGAUGGUAGCGAGGACGAUGAUCUCGAUUCUGAAGACAUGGAUGAAACAGAGGACCGCAUCGAAAUUGUUGACGAUGAGGGCAAUCCGCUCGAGGAUGAUGGCGUUUCAGGAUGGGAGAGCGAUACAGAUGAUGAGGAAGAAGACGAUGACGACGACGACAUAGAAGAGAUUGACUACGACGCAGAAGCUCAAGAUCUCCAAGAAGCUGCUGAGCUGAGAGACUUGGACGAUGUCGAUGGAUUAGGCCGAUUCGGUAAUAUUAUGCGUGCUAUCGAGGAGGAGAACUUUGAGCAUCCCGAUGAGAUUAAUGCCCUCAACGAACGCUACAUGGAAGAUGACGACGAAGAUGAGGACGAAGAAGAAGAAGACGAUAUGGAGGAUGAAUACGCAUAUGAGGAUGACUUCCCCAAUGAUGCACCGCCUCGCGAUGCUGGACCCCCUAGUUUGGGCUGGGAUACCCUUGUGGUAGAACCACAUGGAGCUAUUCUCGGUCACCAUCAUCGGCAUCGACACGGCACCCGCAGUCCCUUCCCUCCUAUCCCGUUUAUGAUGGGAUCUCGAGAAAUGGCUUUCGGUGAUCCGCGAGGUUUUCUUCGUAAUCGACACGAUCCACGACCUGCUAGUAACGAGGAUGGGUUAAAUCCUCUACUUCGCCGGGGCAACGAGACUGGUAGAGACGGAUCUCCUCGUCCGCCUCACCUUGGUGGCCUAGUCCGACUAGGAUUCCCUGGAGGUCUAUUUGGAGGUAGUAACAUUGACAGUCCGAUGUCCCUCAUCAACGACCUUGUGGCGUCCCUUCCCGCUUCGAUACACCGCCAUGGACAAGCUUUUCAUUUUCAGAUAACACAGGGACCACGUGGCGACAUACACGACAUACAUUUCCCAUUUAGCACACCACGCGAAUCACGCUCGGACAAUCGCAGGGAGACGUACCAAGAGCCUACCCACGCAACCUCGUUCACAUCCGAAUCAACAAUGACCCGAUGGACGGAAGAAGUCAAAAUGAUCUUCGGGAUGCAAUAUACGGAGAAGUCUCACCGCCUUGUACCAGCACUUCUUUACUAUAUUGUACCACCAGCCAUUCAACACGAGGUGGAGCUCAAAGCCAAGGAAGCGGAGCGUCAACGACAGCAAGAGGAGGAACGCAAAAAGCGUGAGGAGGAAGAGAGAAAAGCGCGGGAAGCUAAAGAGGCCGAGGAAAAAGCUGCUCGGGAGAAGCAGGAGGCCGAAGAACGUGAACGAGCAGCGGCUGAAUUUGCACAAGCUCAAUCCCAGACGACUACUACCCAGGAAGGUGAGCAGGGUGGUCACGAAGAGCCGGAAGCCAUGGAAGGCGUAGAGAUAUCUGACGUACCAGCGGCUGUAACAGAAGACGAACCGGCCGCCACCCAACCGCGCGCAUUCACUACAAUUAGAGGCGAGCAAGUGGAUGUUACAGAGUUGGGUAUUGACCCCGACUAUCUGGAGGCACUUCCUGAAGAAUUCAGAGAAGAAGUCAUUGCUCAGACAGUUAGCUCACGCAGAGCCGAAGCUCGAGAGGCACCUGGAGGAUCAGGGGAGCAGACCGAGGUAUUCCAGGAGUUCUUGGAUGCUCUACCAGAUGACCUCCGCAUCGAGAUUGUUCAGCAGGAGCGGGCAGAACAGCGCCGACGAGAACGAGAGGAGAUGCGACGCCAGACAGCCAUUUCUGGCCAAACGGCCGAAGCUCAGGACAUGGAUACCGCCAGUAUAUUGAUGACGUUCCCACCCGCGCUUCGAGAGCAAGUUCUCAUGGAUCAAGGCGCAGAUAUUAUCGACUCUUUGCCGCCCGAUCUCGCAGCUCAAGCACGCCGACUAGUCCGGUCUUCCAACCCUAUUGCCCACCAUGAUAGACCGUCUUCUGGCACCAGCCGGCCACGAGAUGGUGCUCAACCCAGUGGAACAACUGAAGGAGACAAGCCUCACCGAAGAACAGUAGUGCAAAUGCUAGAUAAACCAGGCGUUUAUACUUUACUUCGUCUAAUGUUCAUCAAUAUGAAGGGCGGGUCUCUAGAGACUUCUUUGAAAUCAUUGUUUAAGGAUGUCUGCGAAAACCGACAAACCCGAUUUGAUGUCGUUAGCAAUUUACUUAAGAUCUUGCAGGAAGGCUCAACCGAUGUAGACGCCGUCGAACGAAGUUUUGCGUCGCUCUCUAUCAAAGCGAAGCAGCCUAAAGAAGUCGACACUAAGACUCAAACCCCCCAAAGUCUAAAACGUACAUUCACAAAUAUCAGCAACGCCGGUUCCGUCCAGACGAGCUCGGAGACAUCACCGCUCUUGAUUGUCCAGCAAUGUCUUGAUCUAUUAUGCUACCUUGCGGAUCAGAAUAUCCACGUGCCUUCUCUCUUCCUCACCGAGCACGAAGGGGUUAGCACUACUGCUAUCAAACGUAGUCUCAGCCGCAAAGGAAAAGCUAAAGAUGUGAAAGCUAACAAGUAUGCCAUCAACUCGUUGCUUGCUCUCCUCGAUCGCGAUCUUGUCAUGGAAAGUUCUUCUAUCAUGGAUAGCUUGUCGCAACUAUUAAGCCGAGUGACGGGCCCACUACUCGCCCUGGAUCGCAAACAAAAAGAAGCCGCAGAAGCCAUCAAAAAAAUCGAUACCCAAGCCGCAAACGCGGCAGAGCCCGGAACAACCGCGCCUGUAGACCCUACGAUCGCGGCAACCGAUAACACAGAGGCUACAGAACAGAACAACGCAAGCACGUCGGAGCAAGCGGGGGAACAUGCCGCAGGUAGCCCUACUGAGGAAAAUGAGCCCUCUGCCACCUCGGCUGCUGAUGCCGAAUCAUCCAAGGCGCUAGAAAAGCAAGCGAUGCUUAAGCGAAUUAAGCAGCUACACCCGCCCGUUAUCCCAGUACACAACCUAACUCUUAUUAUUAAGAUCUUUGUGGCUCGAGAGUGUAGUUCGAAAACUUUCAAGGAGACCCUAUCAACUAUCAAGAAUCUGUCCGUGAUUCCCGGGGCAAUGCUGGUAUUUGGCGAGGAGCUCGCUCGUCAGGCCCAGCUCUUAAGCGAGAAGAUCGUCGUUCACCUAGACGAGCUAUUACCACAUAUUCAGAACGCUGCUUCAGGCACUGAGAUCCAGGGAGUCGCUUUGGCCAAGUUCUCUCCUGGUGCUUCCGACCAGAACAAACUUCUUCGAGUGCUGACAGCUCUCGAUCACUUAUUCGCACAGAAAAAGUCGGAUGCAACAGAAGGUUCUGAUUCUGAUAAUACUAAGAAGCAAGAUUUACUCGCUACUCUCUACCGCAACUCAACCUUCAACGCCUUAUGGGAGAAGCUGAGCGCCUGCCUGAGCGCAAUUCGUCAACGCGAUAGCCUGCUCAACGUAGCUACUAUUCUUCUUCCCUUGAUUGAGGCCCUCAUGGUUGUCUGCAAGGAUACUACCCAAAAUGAGUCGUCCCAGGCAAGCAAGGACCUGGUUCUUACGAGCCCGCAGCCGGAGUCGCAUUUGGCAGGUCUAUUCUUCACAUUCACGGAAGAGCAUCGUCGGAUCCUGAACGAACUUGUUCGCAACAAUCCAUCCCUUAUGAAAGGCACCUUCUCGCACCUUGUCAAGAAUCCUAAAGUCCUGGAGUUCGAUAAUAAGCGCAGUUGGUUCAACCGCAGCGUUCACAAUAAACAGCACGUCAGUCAGCGGCCACAUCCGUUAUUACAGCUACAAGUUCGCCGAGAGCACGUUUUCCACGACUCUUUCAAGUCACUAUACUUCAAGACAGGCGAGGAGAUGAAGUUCGGAAAGCUGAGCAUUAGAUUCCACGGCGAAGAGGGCGUAGAUGCCGGCGGUGUCACCAGGGAAUGGUUCCAGGUUCUCGCACGACAGAUGUUCGACGCCAACUAUGCCCUAUUCGUGCCUGUUUCAAGCGACCGAACGACCUUCCACCCCAACAAGCUCAGUGGCAUAAACGAUGAGCAUCUCAUGUUUUUUAAGUUCAUCGGGAGAAUCAUCGGCAAGGCCUUAUACGAGGGCCGUCUACUUGAUUGCUAUUUCAGCCGUGCGGUCUACAAACGAAUCCUAGGAAAGCCGGUCUCGGUCAAGGAUAUGGAGUCCUUUGAUCCGGAUUACUACAAAUCACUCUCCUGGAUGCUGAACAACGACAUCACUGAUAUUAUCACUGAGACGUUCUCGGUUGAGGAUGAUGAGUUCGGUGUUACCAGGAUCCACGACCUCAUAGAACACGGCCGCAACGUGCCUGUGACGGAAGAUAACAAGCACGAAUAUGUGCGCCUAGUAGUUGAACACAAGCUACUAACGUCCGUCAAGGACCAGAUGGAGAAUUUCCUGAAAGGCUUCCACGAAAUCAUCCCCGCUGAACUCAUAUCUAUCUUCAACGAGCAGGAAUUAGAGCUGUUGAUCUCUGGUCUACCGGACGUUGAUAUAGAUGACUGGAAGAGCAACACGGAAUAUCACAACUACUCGCCAUCCUCCCCGCAGAUCCAGUGGUUCUGGCGCGCAGUCCGGUCGUUCGAUAAGGAGGAACGCGCGAAGCUCCUACAGUUCGUCACGGGAACCAGUAAAGUGCCUCUUAAUGGCUUCAAGGAGCUCGAGGGUAUGAACGGAGUCAAUCGAUUCAACAUCCAUCGCGACUACGGGAACAAGGACCGUCUGCCAAGCUCUCACACGUGCUUUAACCAGCUCGAUAUUCCUGAGUAUGAGAGCUACGACAUUCUCCGUAAGCAGGUGCUCAAGGCCAUCACAGCUGGUAGUGACUACUUCGGCUUCGCCUAA